AUGACAUCUCCAAAUCCAGACGCCUCGACUCUAGAGUCAUCAGCCCUCACAAAGCUCAUUGUCUCGGCCUCUGCAUCGGGAAACCCUUUUUCCGCAACGACGAUCCAAGUCCUUCACAACCUCCAACAUCAACAUUUAUGGACAUCUCUACAAAUUCAUGAUACCACUGCUUCACAACAUGCGAAAGUCUCGGCUUCUAGCUCCUCAAGUGAAGACUCCGGUGUGCCGCCCUUGAUCUCGGGUGUUCCCCCGCACCGAGUUUAUACCCACCCCGACGAGCAGCUCUACAUGCUUGGGAAGGGUCUUCGCGAAGAUGAUCUCCGACCGGAGCGCCUUUUUGUGAUUCCCACUGCACAGGGUCAGUCAUGGAGUUUGCGGCGCAUUGCGUCUGCGUUUGAUGCUAUGGGAGGAAUUCAGAUUGUCGAGGAUGGGGAAGAACGAGAGACGCCGAAGGUGGACGCUGAGAAGGCGCAGAAGCUGGAUGACUAUUAUGAAAAAAGAGAAGAAGCUAUGGCUACCAAGGAAUGGGGCGCUCAGCGAUUGCUGCUGGCGAUGGUGGAUAAGGGUAUGGGUGGAGAAGGGACAGUGGUGUACUAUGUUGUGCAGGAGGGAGAGGUGAAGCCUCGGCAAAACUAG